AUGCUUGCCUCCAGAUUCCGCCUACUCCGCACCCUCGUAGCAUUGGGAAUUGCCCUCCUCUGCACCCAGCUGCCUGCCACCAUGUCUGCCUCGGCGAGCUCUAUCCCCGCCGGCACCCCCUGGGCUGACGGCCCUUGCCCCCUCAUUGAGACGCCCCAGUAUGCGACCAAGAAGGACGACAUCUGGACCAAGGGCGCCACCCACAUGGCCCUCCUGCACAAUGCCAUCCUCCGCGGCUUCAACACCGUCUACUUGCAAGCCCCACACAUCAAGGACGCCGAUAAGACCGACUUUGUCGGCUACAGUCUCGCGUGGUUCCGGUUCGUCAAGAGCCACCACGAUGACGAAGAGGCCGAGCUCUUCCCCAAGGUUGAGGGAGUGCUGAACGAGAAGGGCAUCUGGGAAGGGACGCACAAGGAACACGAGUCCUUCCUGGAGGGCCUCGGUGCCUACAACACCUACCUGACAUCCCUGUCUUCGCCCGCAGCCUUCGACGGCAGGGAGCUCGUCCGCAUCAUGGACACAUUCCGCGAGCCAUUCAACGACCACUUCCACUCCGAGAUCAGGACGAUCGCCACCUUCGCCGAUCUUCCCUCGGCGCCUGCGCCGGACAGCCCGGAGGCUGCGAACGCAUCGGCCACUUUCAAGGCGUGGGGCAAAACGACGCUGACGAAGGCGGGCAUGACGGACGUGGUGCCCUUCUGCCUGCUGAACUUGGACAGGACAUACGAGGACGGCAUGUGGGCGACGUGGCCGCCGAUGCCUGGUCCCAUCCGGUGGAUGAUGGUGAACGUGUUUGGAAGCUGGAACUGGGGCUGGUGGCGCUUCAGCAGCUGCGACGCCAGCGGCCAUCCGCAGCCUUUAUACGCCCUGCAGGACGGUCAAGGGGCUGACAAGAAGGAGGAGCUGUAA